AUGAAAAUUUCCCCGCGCCUCGUCGCGGUGUCGACGCUCGGCGCGCGGCCAAUCACAAGCGGUGUCGGUCACGCACACUUGCGCACACGCACACACACGGGCGUGUGCCUGUCCGCGCCCACUGAAAGCUCGACUCACCUGGGCCGCGACAGAGCUCCUCGGGCAUGUGCCGCGCGUCGCCGACCAGACACGCCGCGAACUAGUGUAGUGUGUGUCUACGAGACUGAACAAUACCUGUGA